GGACCAUACAGAGAUCUCCGUCAACAAAUACACUACAUAAGAGGGUUUUCUUUGCAAAAGAUACAUUAUUAGGAGAAAGUUAAUGGGCCGUAACCAAGCAAGCCCAACUCCCACCUCGUGGGCCCUGGGAAUUGAUAUGAAUUAGCAACCCUGUGCGGUGGCUGCACAGAGAGAGGGAGAAGAUACGUGGCAGGCAUCGAGGCAUCGGGGACUCCAUGCGGAGCGAAGCCGUCGCCACGUACCCUCCACUUGUCCGCGCGGCCUCCUAGCAUGUCUCCACGUAGGCUUCUCUCUCUCUCCCUCUCUCUCUAACUGAUGCCUUCUGCUUUGCUAUAUAUAGUGCGUGUGUAGCUUGUUUGUUUGAUCGUUGCAGCUGUAACAAACUAUGACCGCCGUCGGUGAGCGCUACACGAGGGGCCUCUAUGGCGAGGACGACUACAGCGGCCACGGCCACGGCCCCGGCCCCGGCCAGGGCCAGCGGCAGCAGCAGCAGCAGCAGUCCGCGGCCGCGGCGGUGACCAAGGCGCUGGCCGCGGGCACGGCGGCCUUGUCCAUGCUGCUGCUGUCGGGGCUGGCGCUGACGGGCACGGUGCUGGCGCUGAUCGUGGCGACGCCGCUGCUGGUGAUCUUCAGCCCCGUGCUGGUGCCGGCGGCCAUCACGUUGGCGCUGCUCACGGCGGGCUUCGUGUCGUCGGGAGGGUUCGGCGCGGCGGCGGUCGGCGUGCUGGCGUGGAUGUACCGCCACCUGCAGACGGCGCCGGAUCAGCAGCAGCUCUCCAGCAAGGACUGGGCGCACCACCGCAUCGAGCAGGCGCGCGCGCACUGAUACACGCCAGUUUAGUUGCAUGUACCAGCAAUAAUAUAAUAAUGCAUACCAGUCCAGUUCAAGUGCUUUACUAGGUGGUGAUGUAAUCUUGUCAGCAAUAAUUAUUAAUAAUUAGUACC